UAUGAAUAUACAAGAAAAAAAAAAUAAAUGGAGCGUACUAGGGUCAGAGCGAGGGGUGCGGCGGCGAGGACAGACGGCGGCAAGGUUCCAGAGGACAGUCAAAUGGAAAACCGUGAGGCUGCUGCCUUAUGGUAUGAUUUCGCAAAGUAUGGGAAAGUGGUUGAUGUUUAUGUGCCGAGAAAGAGAGAUAAGUGGGGCAAAAGGUUUGGCUUUGUUAGAAUGGCAGGGGUGCAGAACGAGGCUCAGAUGGUGAAGAGGCUUAAUGAGAUAUGGAUUGGGUACUAUAAGAUGAGAGUUAAGAUUGCAAAUAAGAGCCAGAAUCGAGGUGCAAGAAAUACAAAGCUAUUGACAGCAGCAAAUGUAAAGUGGACAAAGGUUGGAAUGAAUAGAUUAGUUCAACCGGGGCAUUCAUAUGCUCAGGCUGUUGUGGGUAACAGUAGUGCAGGGGAAAAGGUAGGUGCAGGGCCAGCAACUGCGACAGAGAGGGCUCGGGAAGUAUCAGAACCAGUACCAGUACAGGCAUUUCGAUUAGUGGAGAAGGAAGAGGUGGGGUCGAGUGCAAAGGUGGUUGCAAAAGAGGCGUUGUCGUCAAUAACGAGUAUACAAGAACGGAUGGAUGUAGAUGGAGGCCUGAUAGUUUUAUCACCAUUAGGAGGACGAUCAGUGCUGUUAAUUGAGUGGGUGAGAGGAUAUCUGACGGAGUAUUUGUUGCAAAACAAGGAGACAUUUGACGCGUGGUUUGAUGAUAUACAACCCUGGAGAGCAGCAUAUGUGCAGCGAGGUCGAUUGGCCUGGUUACGAAUAUCAGGGGUACCGUUACAAGCCUGGAAUGAUCGUUGUUUCGAAAUGGUGGGAGGAACGGUGGGGGAAGUGGUCCGGAUUCAUGAGGAUACCAGAAGAAAGUCUAUUUUGUGUGAUGGGAAGGUGCUGGUUCUCUGUUCCGAGGCUCCUAAAGUCUCAAAAACCAUUUCGUUGAAGGUGGAUGAGAAGAUGUAUGAGAUAGAUGUAGUGGAAGAGGAAUGGAGAUCGGAUCCGGACUGGUGGUUGUCGGAAGAAGACCGGCAGAGCUCGAUGAGCACUGCAUCGGAAACUCAUUCAAUGCAGAGCGAAGAUGACGGGAAUGAAUUAAUCAUUAACGGGAUUAGUGGCGAGGAUGAUGAUAGUUUGGAUACGGAGCCGUUACACAAUGAAGAUUUUUUGAAUGCAAGAGUGCAAGAGGUAACGGCAUGCGAAAAUCAGGCUGAGUUGGAUUUGCCGCGGGAAGUUAGAGAAGUAAAUGGGUAUGAUAUAGGCGAGGAGAAUGAUGAGGGGAAUGGGCUGGUAAGGGGUGAUGUCCAUAAUGGACUGGAGGAGAGUUUUGGGCUUUCUAAAGGCCCAACAACUGAGGCAAGUAAAGAUAAAGAGGAAGAGCCCACGGGAGAAGCUCUAGAGAGUUCUAGCAUCAUUCAAAAAGAAAAAUACCGAGAAGGGAAGGGUAAAAGAAGGAGAAAAGUUGCAGAGUGCUACCCGAAAGAGUUGUCUGAAAGCCGGACAGAGAGGGUGGACUGGGUCACUGCACGGACAAAGAAAAUGAAGAGGAAAUUGAAUCUAGACUAUGUGGGAUGGAGGAAAGGGAUGAAAGGUAGAGUCAACAUCCGUGAGGGGUUUCGGGAGUAUGCUGAAGAGGAAGGAAGUGCAGAAAUUGGUGCGGGGUCUAUAGGGGCUUCAGGUGGGUUGCUUUGUGUGUGGGACAGGAGGAAUUUUAGUAAGCUGGGUCAAUUUACAAGGGAUGGUUAUCUGGGAAUAAAAGGGCUUUGGGGAGAGAAGAAGGAAUUGUGUUAUCUUGUGAAUGUUUAUGCUCCAAAUGAUAGAAAGAAAAAAGCUGAGUUAUGGGAUGAGUUGAGGCAAAUGAUUAUGGAGGAAGGAGGAAGAUGGCUGAUUGCAGGGGAUUUUAAUGCAGUACGUAGCAUUGAAGAAAGGAGGGGUAAAACAGGGGAGAGUCCAGAGAUGAAGGAGUUUAAUGAUUUUAUAGAGGCGGUGGGGUUGGUGGACUAUAAAUUGGCGAAUCGAAGGUUUACCUGGUAUAGACCAGAUGGCACAGCUAUGAGCUGGUUGGAUAGGGUAUUGAUGACAAUUGAGAUGACCGAAUUGGGUGGAGAAUGGGUGCAGCAGGGGUUGAAGAGAACUAUUUCAGACCAUUGUGCGAUUGUUAUGAAAACCAAAUGGAAUACAAUGGCAGUGGAUGGGUUUGCGGGUUUCAGAUGUAAACAAAAAUUGAAGAUGUUGAAAGAAUUUUUGCGAGAAUGGAAUAAAGGGGUGUUUGGGGAUAUAGAGGCUCAUUUUGAAAGGGCAGCAGCCAAAGUUGCACGUGUAGACAUGAAGAAUGAAGAUUUUAACAUGAAGAAUGAAGAUUUUACACUGGAAGAGGAUGAGGUACAUGAACGACAAGAGGGCUUUCAGGAGAUAUGGGACAUUCUGAGGAAGAGGGAAGCUUUAUGGAGGCAGAAGUCAAGAAGUACCUGGGUAAAAUUGGGGGAUGCAAAUACCAGGUUCUUUCAUAAAAUGGCAAAUGGACGAAAGGCUUGUAAUGGUAUUGUAGGGCUCUCGUGUGAGGGACAAUGGGUGGAGGAGCCAGAGAUGGUGAAAAAGGCGGUUGUUGAGUACUUUCAGAAGUUGUUUGGUGGGGAAGCAUGGAAUCGUCCAAAACCUUUUGGUAUUACUUUCAAGCAGAUAACUGAGGAGAUGAGGGCAUGGCUAGAAAGACCAUUUUCGGCAGAAGAAAUUGAAGACGGAUUGAAGAAUUGUGAGGGGAAUAAAGCACCAGGACCGAAUGGAUACAACUUUAAUUUUAUCAAAUUUGCCUGGAACAGCUUGAAGGAGGAUUUUGUGAGUUUCUUUGGGGAGUUUCAUCAGCAUGGCAGGUUAGUAAAGGGUCUAAAUUCAUCAUUCUUGACUUUAAUCCCUAAGAAGCUGAAUCCUGUGGAAUUAAAAGAUUUUAGACUUAUUAGCCUGAUUGGGUGUCUUUACAAAUUAUUAGCAAAGGUGUUGGCAAAUAGGCUUAAGGUGGUAAUGUCACAAAUUAUUAGUGAUACUCAGUCGGCUUUCGUUGGGGGUCGUCAGUUGGUUGAUGGGGUGUUAGUCUUGAAUGAAGUUGUUGAGGAGGUCAAGAGACGAAAGCACCAAGCUUUUAUUUUUAAGGCCGACUUUGAAAAGGCCUAUGAUUGUGUCGACUGGUCUUUUCUGGAUUGGAUGAUGAAUAGGUUUGGUUUUGGAGUGCGAUGGAGAGGAUGGAUAAAAGAGUGUCUUUCAACAGCCAGAAUCUCAGUGUUAGUGAAUGGAAGCCCAACUGAGGAGUUUAUGAUGGGAAAAGGUUUAAUGCAAGGGGAUCCUAUAUCCCCUUUUUUGUUUCUGAUGAUUGCCGAGGGGUUACAUGGUCUAGUCAAAAAAGCUGAGACAAAGGGCCUGAUACAUGGAAUCGACGUGGGUAGCAACGGAUUGACUAUUUCAUUGCUCCAAUUUGCGGAUGAUACGGUGAUUUUGGGAAAAGCAAGUGGAGAGAAUAUUUUUAUGGUGAAAACUAUUUUACGGUGGUUUGAGUUAAUGUCUGGAUUGCGAAUUAACUUUCAUAAAAGUAGUAUUGUCGGAUUUAAUGUGGCACAGAGGUGGUUAAAUGGAGCAGCAUUUGUUUUGAGAUGUGGUGUUGGGAAGAUACCUUUUGUGUAUUUGGGUAUGCCAGUGGGUGGAAAUCCUGGGACUAAGAAGUUGUGGGACCCAGUGCUGAAUAAAUUUCGAAUCAAGCUUGCCGCCUGGAAAUCUGCCUUGCUGUCCUUUGGCGGUCGCAUUACUCUGCUUAAUUCGAGGGAUUUUCUGUGGGGUGGGGUUGAAUUAAAGAGGAAGAUUCCUUGGGUUAGCUGGGAGACGGUAUGUCGUAGUAAGGAGAAGGGUGGGUUAGGAGUCUUGGAUUUGAGGAGGAGGAAUUGGGCACUUUUAGGGAAGUGGUGGUUUCGGUUGGGUGAGGGUGGGGAGAGUCUAUGGAAACGGGUUGUGUGGGAUAAAUAUUAUGGAGGUCGGAGGGAGGUGGACAUUAGGGUAAUGGAUAGUGUGAGGAUGUCUAGGAUUUGGAGGGAUGUUAUUAGUGUCGGGGGGAAGUCUAUCAAAUUACAGGACAUGUUAGAGAAGGGGUUUAGGUGGAUGGUUGGUGAUGGAAGGCAUGUAGGUUUUUGGCGCGAGAUUUGGGUGGGAGAUAAAUCUCUAAAGGAGUUAUGCCCUAGGCUAUUCGAGCUAGCUAUGAGUAAGGAUGGUAUGGUUUGUGAGAUGGGGGUGUGGGAAAGGGGUGUCUGGCGAUGGAAUGUGAACUGGAGAAGAGGGAGGUUGGGUCGAGAGAAGGGGGAGGAAGUGAUGCUGUGGGAGGUGCUUAGCAGAGUUCAAAUCGCGGAAGGCCGCGAAGAUUGCUGGAAGUGGACGCAUGAUGCAGAAGGGAGAUACGCAGUGAAAAAGGCCUAUGAGUUUUUGUCACCAAUGGAGUCCAUUCUUCCCGAUCAAAUCUGUGAUGUCCUGGUGGGGUUUGCAGGUUGUGAUGCCCAAUACAGUGGGAGGGGUGAUGGAGAUUGGAAACUUAAUCCACGGGAAUGUGCCGUAGCCAUAAGGAAACAUAGAAGCUUGCUGAGAGUGUUCCAUAAACACAAAAAUGGAAAGCCGGAUGAGUAGAGUGACUGCAAUGUGUUGGACUACAUGUUUAUUGGGAUUACUUUGUUUUAGUUAGAUUACUUUAAUUGUUUGUAUUUGGGUUGGAGUACCCCUUGUACUCUAUACAAUCAAAUCUCUUUUAUUUU